AUGUUAGAAGACGUGUUCUCGGAAAAUCCAUUUAACUCCUCGUUGAAAGUAUUGCUAGAAAAAAGGAGAAAUGCCUUAACACCUCAUCGAUUUUGGAACUACCGUAUGGACGUUCAGUGCGAGUAUUUGUGUAGCGAUGUUGGUAAAUGUCCAAGUCGUUUCCAAAACGUAACGGAAUGCGUCCUUGAAUGCUUGGCUAACCGUGUUUUUGAGGAAGAGGAAGAUAGGAAGAAUUUCUUUAAAAAAUUGGAAGAUUUCUUCGGCUUGUUCCCCUGCUUCAUCAACUCGGAAUUUUACCACUAA